GCGUCACAGCCUCCCUGCCGUCGUUAUUCUUGGGGCUUUGGCGGAUAGGGGAUGACCCAGUCCUAGCAAGUGGGGAGGAAGGAUGUGGUUUGUUCUGGAGAAAAACUGAGACAGUAGGGGCUGGUACAGCCCUUCUAGGUUAGCAAAGGAUAGAAGCAAGUCUGGGAAACUGGGAAGUCUAGACCUAGCCUCAUGGUCACAGCUAGAGUUGCCCAUGGUGAUUUUCUCUGCCUCUGCCGCCCUGCAGUUGGGACUGUAGCUUGACCGGGAAAGAGAUGAACCCAGGGUCCGUACUGUCCUGGAUCUGCAGGAUCAUGGAGCUGAGUACCAAGCUUCAGUCAGGGAGUGGCCGCAGUGGAGAGAGGAGAUGGAGAGCCAGGGAUGGGCCUUGUGACCAAUAGAGGGAAGGCAUGGUGGUGAAGUCCACAGAUCAGCCCAGAGGGCACCAGAAUGACACCUAGGCAGGCCAGCCUCACGUGGGGCACCCAUUCACACUGCAUAGUCCAUACUUCUGAGCUGUGCUCUGAGAUGAAAGAGAAGGGAGACAGACAGACAGACAGACUCUCAAGCCUGGAAGAAACUACAUCACAGUAGGGACAGUCCUGAGGGGCCUCUGAACAGAUGGCACAAAGCUGAGAAUUUCUUGGAGGCAGGGGACUCGCUGGGUCCUGAAAGCCAGGUCUGAUUUGGAGACCAAAGAGAGAAGGGAUCAGGAGGGGACGCAGCUUGGGGGAGGGGUCGAAAACUGCACAUUCAGCAGGAUUGAGGGGUCCCAUGGGCAAACAUGCAGACCAGGAGUGAGGCAAAGAAAGAUCAGUCCAGAAGGUUGGGGGAAUUUGAAUGCCCAGCUAUGGGGCUCAGGAUGGCUUGAGGAUGCCAGGGAGUCAGAGAAGGUUUUAAAACAGGGUAGUGACCUAUUUGGGUUGGGGGAGGUCAAGAAUGGUUUGGGUAGCUGCUGAGAGCCACAGAGCCAAAAAGUGGCAUGACCGUAGCCAGAGAGGCUGACCACAGCCAGAGAGGCUGUUUGGUGGCCUUGGCGGCCCUAUAGUGCAGACCUGGUUUUAUAUGAGGGUGAUUGAACAGCCUGAGUGAGUCCAAAGACUCCUUAUAACCCGCCAUGAAAUUCACGUGUUCCAGCUGUUCUUCCUUAUCCAGAAUCUGUCCCCAGACUCCCCUGCAAGGACUGCCAAGUCCGACUCCUGCCUUGGGGUCCUCACAGGGAAAAGAGCUCUUUGGUAGCACCCAGUCCUCUAGUGCUCAUGAGCACAUACUAAUCACCCUUUGUCCCUAGCUUCUGGGGAGACCUGGUUGGGCCAGGCUGAAUGGCUUGAGGCUGGACCCUUCCCUCUCUAAGCACCUGGUUUCUCAAAUGGGGCAGAUAAAGCUCCCCAACUUUGUUAUCAUGGGGAUCAGACCUUUGUCAGCACUGAACUGAACACACGGGCAGUGCUUAGUAAACAAAGCUGAGCUCUCUCUCCCCAGUCAAGGUAGGACCCCCACCUUGUCCUUUCCCAGCACCCCUGGGAGAACACAACAGGGGCCCGUGCGUCUCCCAUACUAGGUGCUGAAGGGCUCCAUUGAGGGAGGAGGCCAGAGUUUGCUGUGUAUGGGUCAGGUCUGUGUGGAGCUAGGUCCCUGAACUGGGUGCCAGGGCAGGAUAAUGACCUGUGACCAGGGUGGGGCUGAUAAGGCCACGACCAAUCACUUGAGCCUCUCUCCUUCCUUGAAGCUACUGGUGGCCUCUGGAGCUCCAGAAAUGUAGGACUCAGCUGACUCUGUCAGAUACCUUGCUGGAGGGCUCAAAGCGUAGGAGCUGGCCCCUGUCCAGCAUGCCUUAAGUCCCAGGAAAGCGCAGUUCCUUCCUGACUCACCCAGGGAUCUGGCCCUAGCUUCUACUUGGAUUUGUCCUGGCUGUGUGGUGAAGAUAAGUGGCUGGGUGCCUGCGGCUAGGGCCCUAGGGCACAUCGUACCCUCCUCCAGCUCCACAGAGUCUCGGAAGGGAAUGCUUCUUAAGGAGGUUCCUGUUUGAGCAGAAGCGAUCCUGCCUUUUGUGCUGACAGAGGUUUCCUGCUGCCAAGAUGCCAUUGCCAUGGACAGUGACCGCUGGGCCAGAGCUCCAAAGCCCCAAGGAGCCUGGGAAGCCACAGACCCUAGCUCAGGGCACCCGGAAGUCCAACAGUAUGAAAGUGCCAAGCAUUCACCACGGGGACACUCUGAAACCCAGCCUGGGCUCUCUGAAGCGGACCUUCCUCCGGAACAGCCUGCCAGCUUCUACCCACAAACCUAAGGAGGACCAGGGCCUAAUCAAGCGAAGUUCCCGCCUGUUACGGUCCUUGAGACGGGCCCUGGAUGAAGGCCUAGCUGCUGGGCACCCUCAAGUUCCUGCAGUGACAGAGAAGCCUUCCAGUGUCACUGAUGGUAUCAGUCGGCAGGCAUCCACCGGGAUGGGACCUGAGGAUCUGGAACUCCAGGAAGAAAGCAAAUCCGUGACAGACCUCAUCACUGAGAGGCAAUUAGUGAAGGCCUUCGAACAGUUGCGGUUCCUGGAGACGCGGCUGGUAGCAGACAAAACCUCACGCACCUUUGCUCAGGACCCCACCGCUUAUGCACGGCGUGCUAUGGACGUUUGCCUACAUUACGACGGAAUAGCCGCGGAGAUCGGAGCCAUUGUGCGCGAGGCGCUGGGUUCCGAAGGCGUAGAUGGAGAGGCUCUAGCCGAACUGGCCCAAGUGGUAAACUUGGAAGAGGAGGCCCACCAGGCCCCCCAAGCCGAAGGUGACUUCUUGAGUACGCCCCGCCAAUGGCGUCGACACUGGGAGGACGCGGUGCUGCGCAGCGCCCAGGAGCGCGUGCAGCAGGCUGGCGUCAAAGUCACCCCAGGGGCUGCGGAGGGCUCUUCCGACCUAGCCCAGCUUCUGGCUGAACUCGGUGGCGUGGUUCGCCGUGACCUACAGAAGGUGCGAUUAGAGAUACAGCCCGCUUACAAAGCCACCGAUUUCCCAGUGUGGGAGACCUACUUGCGUGCCUUUCACAGCGCGGUGGCCCAGCGUCUGCAGGAGCUGGCGCGAGACGCCCGCGGCUGUGAGCAGCUCUAUGUGCUGUUAGACUGGGCCGCCAAUGUGUACGGCAGUCCUGACUUCCUAGGCGCCCCAGACUUGACACUGCCCACCGAACCGCUGCCCCCACUCCUAGAGCCUGCUUUGUGGGCCCGACUGGAAAGUGACUACACUAACUUCCUAGAGACAAAGAUCACAAGCUGUUUUGAUAGCAUCUUGCAGCUGGAGCAGAGUCGCUGGGAAGCCGGCGAGGAGCUGGAAGUGCUACAGGGCCUCUACCAUACGCCCCUGUCCAUCGAUGUGCACAUGCUCGUGGCUGAGCACGUGAAGGCGGCCGGCGCUAUCUCCUCGGAGCUGGAGGCCACCACCCUGCAGAUCUGCGCACGUGCGCUCUGCCUCUUUGUGCCCAGGUUUGAAAAGGCAUUUCUGGCGUCAAAGGCGGUGAGCGAGUGCUACCUGGGCGCUUACAUUAACGCUUUUGUGGAGAUGAGAACCAGUCUUCUGGCCAGGUUCCCAGGAACCGUAAAGGAACUGGAGAAACCCCUUGUGGCUGCCACCAAUAGCUUCCAGAAGCACCUGAUCCAGAUGACACAGCAAGACAUACAGCCACUAUUCAAGAUGCUAUAUACCAAGAACUGGCUCACACAGGACACACUGCGUCCCCUCAUGGACAAGGUGGUGGACUUUGCACAUCAUCUUGAACAUGUGACCCCGCUACUGGCACAGGAGACUCUGCAGGAGGUUCACCGUUUUGUGAUCCGCGAGUACCUGGGGCAGGUGCUGAGGCCCCAUGAGAGGUUCAGUGGCCUGGAUCGUGUGAACGGCUCCCAUAAGAUGAGCCUGGAUGCCCAGGCCAUUAGCAACACUUUCCAGGGCUUGGGCUCUGAAGCCAAGUGGUUGGACCAAGCCAUCCUGAGCGUGGCUGAGAUCCUGGGUGAGACCUACAAAGACGACAUCCAGCGGCACCUGGAGACACUUAUACGCAGCUACCCAGACAUCAGGCGUGACCAUGUACUGGCCAUUCUGGCGCUGCGUAGACUCGGUCGCCGUAGGAAUCAUAAUCUGUUGCAACACACCCAAGACUUGCUGAGGGCAGCGCCUGAGAUCAGGCCCUCCCCACGACGUGUGCUCUUUGAAGAGAUCGAAGUGCCCACCUCUGUGGACGUGCUGAUCACAUGCAUCUAGGACUGAAUGGCAGGCAGAAGACGGGUAGGCGGAGGGUCUGUCACCCUCCCCGUGACUGACCCCAAGAAGGAAGCCCAGUGAGUCACUCUGGCUCUACCCGCAGCUAUGAAGCCUGGAGUCAUGGAAUUUUUGGUCUCAGUUAGGGGGAGUCAAGAGUGGAAGAAUUCCAGGCAUUUGUGGGGGAGUCUUUUGGGGUGGCUGAGGCUCCUUCCAGGAUUUCAGGCCAGGAGGGUUUCCUUUUCUAACUGCCCGGUGUAUUUCUGCUAUAGAAAGUAGCUGAGUAUUCUAAAAAUAAAUGUGAAUUAAAAUAGUGCC